GUAGAAGUUUGCGUUGGUCGGUUUCAUUGGCGGCAAGUCGUUGCUAUGGCAAUUUCUUUUGCCCCACUAUAGCGGCCGACGCAUGAAGUUCACCGCAUGAAAUGGUACACAGACCAGGGGGGACCAUCUCCCCUAACCUUAGCCUGUUUGUUCACCGUUGUUUCGAGAUUGUAUUUUAUUUCAUGCUUUUCCUCCCUCUCUCUUCAACUUGACUGUAACAAACAACAGCGGCGAUCCGGUUCACCUGCAAAUCGGCACUCCCACCGACAUUUUACACUGCAAAUUGAACCUCUCAAGCUACCGCUACACAUCUACUACACGUCUACACAAUGGCGUCUACCAACUACAAGGAGGCUUUCUCUCUAUUUGACAAGCGAGGAAAUGGCCGCGUCACCCUCGACAGCCUAGGCGACCUGUUGCGUGCCUGCGGCCAGAACCCGACCCUUGCUGAAAUCAGAGACCUCGAGAGAACUGUUGGUGGGGAAUUUGACUUCGAGACAUUUUCCAAGAUCCUCAAUCGCCCCGGUGGCUUCCGCGACCCUGGCGAGCCCGAAGAUUACUGCCGUGGUUUCCAGGUUUUCGACAAGGACAUGACUGGCUUCAUUGGAGUCGGCCAGCUUAAAUACAUCUUGACGAACCUUGGCGAGAAAAUGACAGACGAGGAGGUAGAUGAGCUGCUGAAGGCAGUAGAUACGAGCUCAGGACAAGUCAACUAUACUGAUCUUGUACGAACCAUCCUCGCCAAUUGAGCGGCGUGUUUCCUUCUGAAAGGAGAUUUUGGACGAAAGGGAGUUUGGGAGGACGGGAUUAUGCAUGAUUCGGAAAUGACACUGGCGUUUAUGCAUUGCUUUCUCCAAUGUUGGUUGGGACCAUAUUGUACGAAUUAGGAAGGCCUCAUCUGGUCUCUCCUUUGAUACUUGAGUUGAUAGAUAAUUCUAUAACGUCGAGAGCAGACAAGAUUACUCUGCUCUAAAUAUCCACACUUUUCAUAUA